AGCUUCAUUUUCAGCUUAGACCACAGAGAUGUUUCUGCCUUUUUUGGGGAAGUAAGCUCUCAAUCAUUGCGGAAGAAAAGUCAGCAGAGCUCUGAAACCAUCCCCCAUGUUUUAUUUGGAAACAAUAGCUCAUAUUCUCUCUCAGUUAAGGCUUCGUGGAUCAAUAAUAUUUUUAUUUUGUUGAUCAUUACAUCUUUUCGCAGCUCCUUGAGUCAAAAAAAUGAGCAACCAGAGAAGAAAAGCUUUGAAGACAAUCCUCCAGCUGAUCAGUAAUCUCCUGUGGGUAUGUAAGACAGUAGAUGUUUAUCGUAGCAUGACGUGUUUUCUUCAUAAGUAUUCAAAGACAAAGUGUGUUGAAUUCAAUUUUAAAAAUAUGUCAAACGCACCCUCUUCCUGUGAUUUAUUUACCAGGUGGUGGGGCUGAUAGUGAUCCUUGGUGGACUUUACCUGCUGCUGCUGAACUACAGACAGAGCAGCUUGUUCUUCUGUCACAAGUACAUCAUCCUGCCAGCUGUCCUGGCUUUCCUCAGCGCUGUGCUCCUGGUGGUCAGCGGCUGCAUGGGCUCCUGGAAGAGCAUCAGCAAUUCCCCUUUUCUUCAGGGACUGGUAAGAUUGUGUUUUAUAACAUCUGUACACACACGCAUGAAGUUUUGGAUUCUGAAUAACAGUGUUAUCCUCUUGUCCAGUUUGUUUAUUUGCUAGUUGUCAUCUUCUGUCUGACCUGCACGGCUUCAGCAUUGGCUUAUUUUUACUCCUCACAGGUAGAGAAGUUACUUUGAAAUGCACGCUCCCUUUAAACAUCAGUGCAGAUUUACACCGUUUAUACGUGUUGUCUUCUUACUCAGCUGGAUUCAGAGUUAGCCCCUCUCAGUGCAGCGUUUCACACAUACACAGGCAGCAGCCAGGACCCCAACUCUCAAGCUGUGGAUGCCACGCAAAAAGAGGUGUGUUGUGAUACAAACUAAGAGGUGGCCGUACUGGCAAUGAACGCAUCCUAAUGAUGUUUGUUUUCAGUGUGAAAAAUGUCAAAAAAUGUCAACAAAAAUGAUCCAAAACAGCAGCUGAUACUGACAAUCUCAAAAGUAACAGAGACGUGACAAUCAGCAGCUACAGUAACAGAAGAUAUGUCUUUGUUGAGUUGAACUUCUCCUCAUGGCCACUAGAUGGAGCCUGUUUCAUAGAGAAUCUUCAGUCUCCUCUGAAAUGUAGUUCUCCAUUUAAAAAAUCUUCAUCUUGGAUAUUUUUCAGCCCAAAACAACUCAAAUAAGUCUAAUUUUGAUUGUUGAUUCCUGAUCUGUUUUCAGUCUUAUUGAGUAAUCUUUUAUCUUCCUCUUAGCUGCAGUGUUGUGGCGUCCACGACUACAGGGACUGGUUUGAAACCGCCUGGUUUAACAGAACAGGAGGCCUGUCUGUGCCUCACAGCUGCUGCAACUCAUCUUUCCCAUCCUGCAGUGGCACAGUGGACCGACCAUGGGAGCUUUACUCAAAGGUGGACAUUUACUUUCAGAUAAAUUCAACAUGCAUGAAGAUUAAAAUCUACAGCCGCUUAAUUUCUGCAUAAAUAUCUCUUCAAGGGCUGCAAAGUGAAGCUGGAGCUGGCUGUUCAGUUUGUGCUGAGUUUAAUCAUUUGGUGCUCUCCGGCUGUGUUUCUGGUGGAGGUAAGGAGACUGAAUCACUCAAGAUGAAUUAAUUAAAUGGACCCAGAGCAGACAAAACAGCUGGAAGAUGGUGACUUUUUUUUUGAGGAGGGAUGGUUUUAGCUGAGACUGGAGUUAGUGGAGGAGAAACCAUUUGUUUUUUAUACUGCUGCUUCUGAAGAGAUGAGUUGCAGGUGGAUGCAAGAGGUUCCCCUUUGUUUAAGCUGAAAUAAAGUUUUAUUGCAGUCUCAAGAAUCACUACCGCCCACAAUUAGUUUAGCUUUUUUCCUGCAGGAGUUAAACAGAUAAUUCUGUGCAAAGUCAUUCUCAUUAUGAUUUUUUUGUGCGUACUCUUUCUCUCCUGUCUUCUCUCCUUUUCUGCAGCUCAUCUUGUUCCUGAUUGUAGGACAGCUGAUGACAGACCAGUCAUUGAUGGGAUAUGAAAUACUCAUCAGAAAGUAGACACCAGGUUGGACUUAGUUUUUGAGCAGAUAUUUAAGAAAUAUACAAAUGAACUACACUUUUAAGGAGCUGUGUUUUUCACCAAGUGUUACUCUGUAAAAUGCAUCUGGAUUGGAUGUUUGUUUUUCUCAAGCAGUCUUAUUUCCUAAAAGGACCAUGAAUUGAACUUUGUGUGUUUGCACUAUGUUGUAAUUUCCACCUGUAUUACAUUAAAUACUGUUUCCUUAUGAAACCCCA